AUACAAUAUAUUUUUCUGUAAUAUGUAUAUCGAACGGAGUGAGACUUAUGUGAAAGUAAUAUAUUUCAGUUCUACAUGUACAUAUAUGAGAGUAGGGCUCACUUCUCAAAACUACUAAGUUGUGCAACAGUGCUAGUGGAACCAUUCCAUUGUGGUACUACGUGUUUGACAAUUUCUCAUAUAAUUUCUCGUUGUCUCGUCGUUACGAAGAAUUUAUUAUUGUUCAUCAAAGAUAUUAAAUAAAUCCUUAUAUAUUAUUCUAAAGUGCUGAUAAUUGUACAACAAUUAAGCAAUAAAAAUAUUGUAAGCGUUUUUGCUUGGGUAAAUUAGUAUUGUUGAGGCUUAUUUUGCGUGUAGUGGUGGUCUGAAGGCUAGAAAUAUGGCUAAGCUGACGGAUGUAUACCGUGCAGAGGAUGUGAUCGACGUUGGUUACAGACAAAUCCCAGUGGUUACAGGCUCUGCCGAUGAUUCCUCCUUAAUGAUGUUAAUGGAUUUGAGUAACAAAGGCCUCUGCAUAGAUAGUCCGCAAAUUCGUGGGAGAGAGCUUGAAAUAUUCACGCGAAAGUUUAAACUUUUAUCGGCUGAUGAACUAAAAUUAUCGCUUGAAAUCGAUAGUGUCACAUUCGUGUCCUUAUUAAAUCAAUGUGUGCCAUGUGUGGGCUGUCGCCGUCGCGUUGAACGUUUAUUCUAUCAGCUAACGCUUUCAGGAUAUCCUACUCUAGAUCCAUUGAUACUAAGGGAUACGUGCGUUCUUACAGUGCGUGAAGAACUUAUGUGGUCACCGCAAGCUUUAGGGACAUUACUUUAUCGGCAUCAUGAAGUACUCAGUGAUCUGCUGGAUAAUAAAUUACGAAAUAAAACUCGUUGUGCCCUACAUUCAUUGGAUGCCUUUCGCACCAGACCUUUUUCGGAAGUUUGGCGGGAAAUGUGGUUCUCAAUGAAGUAUAAUUGUCGAGACAGAUUGGCUACCAUCGAAACAACAGAACUGCACGAAGUACUUGAGAACUAUUUGAAAAAACACAAAUUUUGUCAGGGAUGUCGUAAUAAGAUCGAAAAGGCAUACCAAAUACUCGUAAACGAAACGACUUGUAAAGAAGGAUUCGACGCGGCUUUGUAUGCGAAUAUUAGGAAACCCCAAUCCGAGAAGCACAUUAAAAUAAUUACGAAAAAAGUUGAUUUCCUCGACGCUCUAAUAAGACGCGCCGAACCCGAAGUUAAUGGCAGUUAUUCAAAGCAGCGAGAACGUCAUGCAAAAACACUUGAAAUUGCCCAAGAGGAAGUGUUAACCUGCGUUGGUAUGAUAAUGUAUGAGCGGCUUCGUCGUAUUUAUGUUAGUCUGCGCGAAGAAGAGCGGGCCUGUCAAGUGCUGGCGGCAGUGGCUGUCCAUGCGUUAAGCCGAAGUUUUGACAUGGCGGUGGAACAAAAGCAGGGUAUCAGUAAUUUGGAAUUGCUCUAUCAGGAAAUUAGUCGCGCUGAAAGAGCAAAAGAAUUGAGACGGGAGCAGAAGAAACUGAAAAAGAAGUUAAAGAAAAUUGAAAAGAAGGAAAAGUUAUGUCGAAAAUCUGUCAAUGCAGCUGCUGAUAAUGCUGAUUCUGAUGCAGCGGAAGCAGAUGGGGAAGAAGAAGAAGACAGAGAUGAAGUAGACUUGGAGAUGGUCGAUGAGGCGGUGGAUUUAUGCGACGAAUUAGACGAAGAAUUAAAUAAAUUAGUAGAUAUUAUGGAUAAAAACUUGCGCACCGAUGAAAAAGGUGAAUUCUCAAUAUCUGACAAACCUCAUCUUGCAACGGCUGUGGUAUCUAAGUCGCCCGCUCAAAAGAAACGUAAGCAAAAGAAGCAGAAAAAGCACAAACAACCAAUACAGCAAUCGAGUGGUAGCAAAAAGAAAGAAAUACCGCAACAACAACAGCAAAGAGUGCCUACGGUAGAACAAUCGCUAUCAGCAAAUGGCAGUCAUUUCGGUAGCUGCUGCGACCUCGAUACCAAUGUGUCUGUGGAGAAAUGUGAUGUUUGUUUAACUCCGCAGGACCAUUGUCCAUGCGAGAACGAUGUACGAGACUCGGGUUAUGGCAGUGAGUUAUUAACACCUGAUAACUCGCCAAUUAAUAGUGUUGCCAGCACACCAGAGGGUUCAGAAGUAUCGUGCUCCGAGGGUUUUUGUAACCAUGAAAAUGGACAGGACAUGGCUUUGGAAGAGGAUCAUGAUCACCACAUGUACGAUUUGGGAAAUAGCUAUAUGUGGGGAGACAGUUCCUUAAACCAAAAAUGCGGUUCUACCAACUGGCUUAGCUUGCAGCAAAUGCUGGAUAAUUUCGAUGAAUAUGACGAUGAUGAAGAGAACUGUUACAUUCCUCAAGAAGUGGUUCUAGAGUAUCAAUGUCAGCGAGAAAAAGUGGAGCAGCAACGCCGGGAGUUGCGCGAAACAUUAAAGGAAAAUUUCGCGCGUUUAUGUAAACAACUUAAAAAUAGCAAGCAACGGAACAUUAACUCUGCCCAGAGAAGCACAUCAGGCCCAGCUUGCAUCUAAUUAUUGUGGUGAUUAGUCACGGAACCUAAAGCAGUCUUAUAACUGCAUAGCAGUGCUUAAUAAUGCAUAGUGUAUUGUAACUCUUGAAUGACUACGUACAUUUUUGCAUGAUUAUUAUUGUUUCUGCAAAUAUAUAUUGAAAUUAUUUAAACCUA